AUGGACCCCGCCGCCGCCGCCGAGGAGCUGCUGGCCCCGCUCCGCCAGGCCGUGCGCCUCCAGGGAGACCUCGUGCGGAAGCUGAAGGAGGAGAAGGCCCCAAAGGUAGAUUUGGACCAAGCGGUGGCUGAGCUGAAGGCCCGGAAGAGGGUCCUGGAGGCCAAGGAGCUGGCUCUCCAGCCCCAGGAUGACAUCGUGGACAGGGCCAAGAUGGAGGACACCCUGAAGCGGCGCUUCUUCUACGACCAGGCUUUCGCCAUCUAUGGAGGGGUCAGCGGCCUGUAUGACCUGGGACCGGUGGGCUGCGCCCUGAAGAACAACAUGAUCCAGCUGUGGCGACAGCACUUCAUCCAGGAGGAGCAGAUCUUGGAGAUCGACUGCACCGCCCUAACUCCCGAGCCCGUCCUCAAGACCUCAGGCCACGUGGACAAGUUUGCCGACUUCAUGGUAAAAGACAUGAAAAACGGGGAGUGCUUCCGUGCUGACCACCUCCUGAAAGCUCACCUACAGAAGCUUAUGUCCGAUAAGAAGUGUUCAGCUGAGAAAAAAGCCGAAAUGGAGAGCGUCCUAACGCAGAUGGACAACUACGGACAACAGGAGCUGACAGACCUUUUUGUCAACUACAAUGUCAAGUCUCCCAUCACCGGCAACGACCUGUCUCCACCUGUGGCCUUCAACCUCAUGUUCAAGACCUUCAUCGGGCCCGGGGGCGGCAUGCCCGGGUACCUGCGGCCAGAGACUGCUCAGGGCAUCUUCCUCAACUUCAAACGUCUGCUGGAAUUCAACCAGGGCAAACUGCCCUUUGCUGCGGCCCAGAUCGGAAACUCCUUCCGCAACGAGAUCUCACCACGCUCAGGGCUGAUCCGCGUCAGGGAGUUCACGAUGGCCGAGAUCGAGCACUUCGUAGACCCCAGCGACAAGCAACACCCCAAAUUCCCCAGCGUGGCCGACCUCACUCUUUGUCUGUACUCAGCCAAGGCCCAGGUCAGCGGCCAGUCGGCGCAGAGGACGCGUCUCGGAGACGCCGUGGAGCAGGGUGUGAUCAACAACUCCGUGCUGGGCUACUUCCUGGGCCGGAUCUACCUAUACCUGACCACGGUGGGCAUCUCCUCCGACAAACUGCGCUUCCGGCAACACAUGGACAACGAGAUGGCACACUAUGCCUGCGACUGCUGGGACGCCGAAGCCAAGACCUCCUACGGCUGGAUCGAGAUCGUUGGCUGCGCUGACCGCUCCUGCUAUGACCUCACUUGCCACGCGCAGGCCACCAAAGUCCCCCUGGUGGCUGAGAAGCCCCUCAAAGAACCUAGAACGGUCAGCAUGGUUCAGUUCGAACCCAACAAGGGGGCCAUCGGCAAAGCCUACAAGAAGGACGCCAAGCUGGUGCUGGAGCACUUGGCUGCCUGUGACGAGCACCGUGUGGCCCAGCUAGAGGCCCUGCUCACUGACGAGGGGGAGUUCACCAUUGAGACGGAGGGAAGGACGUUCCAGGUCACCAGGGACAUGGUUGGAGUAAAGCGGUUCCAGAAAACCCUGCACGUGGAGGAGAUUGUCCCGAGCGUGAUCGAACCAUCCUUCGGCCUGGGCCGGAUCCUGUACACGGUGCUCGAGCACACAUUCCACAUCCGGCAGGGGGAUGAGCAACGCACGUUCUUCAGCUUCCCGGCAGCGGUGGCCCCGUUCAAGUGCUCCGUGCUGCCCCUGAGCCAGAACCAGGAGUUUAUGCCAUUUGUCAAGGAGCUCUCUGCGGCCCUGACACGCUGUGGAGUCUCCCACAAGGUGGACGACUCGUCGGGGUCUAUCGGCCGGCGCUAUGCACGGACGGACGAGAUCGGGGUGGCCUUCGGGAUCACCAUUGACUUCGACACCGUCAACAGGGAGCCGCACACAGCCACGCUGCGAGACCGCGACUCCAUGCGGCAAGUGCGAGCCCAGGUAUCGGAGCUCCCCGAUGUGGUCCGGGACCUGGCCAGCGGCCGGCUGGCCUGGGCUGACGUGGAAGCACGCUACCCGGUCUUCGAGGGGCAGGAAACCAGCAAGAAGGAGGUGCUGGAGGAUUGAGGGGGGUCGGCCCCUCACCGUGGACACGAAUAAACUUGGACCGCACCCCCAGGGCGGUCGGCGGCAUGGUGCCACCCGCGGUCAGACCCUUGCCUGUUGCCUGACCUCCCACCCACUCCGGCCCUGAGAGGCCACGGGAGGGGCGUACUGAAUAAACAAGCCCUUCCCUAAGACACUG